CGGUAAGCAGAGUCUUACCUUGACCGGACUAAAUUUUUUUGCUUGUUUUUUUUGUGGAGGCCAUCUGAAGUUUCAACGAAUGACGCUGUCCCUACACUGUCCAAUCACCUGUUUGACCUGCGCAUGUGUAUGGUGUGUUUGGAGCAAGCAAUGCACGUGUGAGUGCGCCAAGGGUUGGGGCACAAGGAGCAGUAUCAAUUUGGUAUUGCAUUUUUUAACCAAUUAACAACAAAAGCAAGUAAAGGCCUGCAUUUGGUUCU